AUGACCACCCGAGGUCAGCCUCCUGGUCUUGUGCGCUCAACCACCCCACCAGAUCCCACUCUCAAUGUGCGCCCCGUACCAAGCUAUCGCAAUUUUGCCUUUCGCUCAUUUGGACAAGGCGCUGCUGUAUCGGAUUUGACGACGGUUCGGUCGCUUCAAGAGCUAGAUACUCUCCCCGAGGCCGAUCCAGAAACCAGCGACCUUCGAUUCUAUUCGAAAAGAUCCGAUACAGUACGCAAUUUGCUCCAACAAGUCGAAGAGCAUGAGCAACUUUAUAGUGGAGACGAGGUGCUUAGGCGAGACCCUACGUGGGGGUUUUUCGUGUUCGUGACGGAUUAUUCGCCUACCAAUAUUGAAAAUAUCCCCCGAGCAAUGGAAAAACCUAGUGAAAUCGAUCGAGCGCACUAUGCGAAGGAGUCUUCGUGCCUAUAUAGGCGAGGCUUCCCGCCGCUUUAA